GGUCCUUACUGUGACAGUGUGGGCCGAAUCCAACCACGUGUUCACAAAUUCCACAGAAAUCAGAAUCAUAUCUUAUUGUAGUAUACUAUAUAUAUUUGACAAAAUAUAAAUAAAGUUUAAACUCACAGUAUCUAAAUUUUGAAUUCGUUUUAGUUACCGGAUAGCUUCACAUACAUUCAUAUGUAAAGCAUCAAAUAUCAUAGUUGAUGGUCAUUUAGCGAGAGGUAAAGAAAAUGAAGAUGGAAAGUGCACUUCCAUUUGUAGCAAUGGUAAUUCAGCAGUUAGCACAGGUUGGAUUAAUGGUAGCAUCUAAAGCUGUUACCUCAGCUGGGCUUACUACCUUCACCUUUACAUUCUACUCAAGUGCCCUUUCAACUCUCAUUCUUAUUCCACUUUCCUUCUUGGUCCACAGAUCAGCUCUUCCACCUCUUUGGCCCACUUUUCUCCAUGGAUUUUUCUUGCUUGGCCUAAUGGGUUUCUUGAUGCAAGUGCUUACAUUGCAAGGACUUGUAUAUUCCUCUCCAUUGCUUUCCUCAGCAAUACUCCAACUAAUUCCAGGUUUCACCUUCAUUCUUGCCGUUAUUCUCAGGAUGGAAACCUUUGCGUACAAGAGUUUGAGCACAGUGGCUAAAACUAUUGGUACCUUGGUAUCAAUAAUAGGUGCACUUGUUGCAACUCUAUAUAAAGGUCCUGAUGUUUUUCAAAGACCAUUGAAUUCAAUAUUAGCAACUCCUCAUUCGCUCAACCAAUCUUUUGCUUGGGUCAUUGGAGGGUUGCUUACAAUGAUUAGCUCUCUAAUUGCUUCCGUAUUUAUCAUUUCACAGGCAUUUGUCCUUAGGAAGUACCCAGCAGAGCUUAUUGUAAUGCUAUUUUAUAGCUGUGGUGUUACAGUUCUAUGUGUUUCUUUCUCUUUAGCUACUGAAAGAGACUUGAGUUCCUGGAUCAUAAACUCUCGGAGCGCAAUACUGGCUCUCAUGUACUCGGCCGUGUUUGGAAAUGUAUUCCAAGUGAGUAUAAACUCAUGGUGUGUGAAGAAAAGAGGACCACUCUUUGUUGUCAUGUUUCAUCCACUUGGUGUUGUGUUUGCAAUGGCUGCCAGCUUAUUCAUGGGUGAAACUAUCCAUGUUGGAAGUUUGGUGGGGUCAGCCAUAAUUGUACUUGGAUUUUACUCGGUGGUAUGGGGAAAAGCUAAAGAAUGGAAAAUGGAAGAGAAGAGGUUGUCACCAAACGGCAACAAUAUGCCACUAUUACAAGACACCGCUGAUGAUCCUGAGGUUAAUCUUUGAAGGCUCACACUUUGCUAGUGGGCCUAACGGAAGAUUUGUGCACUUUCUUCCCUAUUUUGUGCAGGUCUUUAAUUUUUGUCCCUAAAUGCAAAUAACUUUUCGGGGGAAGAAGUUUAUAUUUUUGCAUCAUAAUAUCCCGACAAAUCAUGUCCCUCGCUCUUAAAAAACUUAUACCCCGCUAGGCAUAAGUUCAAUUUUGAAGGACAAAACUAAAGACCAGCCCAUUUGAAGGGAAACCGUGCAAUUUGUUUGGUUUGGUUUGAUUCCAUCAUGGGCCGCUACACUACAAAGAUUGCAUCUGUAUGGAGUCCAAAAAAGAUCUAUUAUAUGGAUUUCAUUCGA